GGUCUUUUCGGUGAUAAUCUCCAUAAUUAAUACAAACCUUUUUACCCUUCAAUCGUCUCACUAUAUAAGAUUCUUUUCAGUCCUGAACUCUGACUCCUAUAAGAUUCUGCCGGAAUUUCAACGGCGUAAGUAAGUCGGAGCAAACACUUUAACCGACGAUUCCGAAAAUCCGUGACCUAUAUUAAGGCCACAUAGAAGAAAACGGUUCCUAUGGCAAAAGCGUGUGAGGAAUGCACUCACAAUUGUCUUAUGAUGCAUAAAAAGUUUAAAAACCCUUCACCUCUUGUGACUACAUUCGUAAAGUUCAUGAUUGGUGACGAUUAUUCUAAACGUCUGUUCCUCCCUCCAAAUUUUGCAUGUAGGGUGAAAAAACUAGUUGGCAAGACAACACGUCUCGAGGAUUCAAAUGGUGAGAAAUGUGACGUAACAUAUACAAAGAUUGAUGACCGUUUGGCUUUUGAACAAGGGUGGGAUCGUUUUGCAUUAAAGCACAGGUUACAAAAGGGUGAUGUUUUGGUUUUUCAUUAUAUAAUGAAAUCUCACUUUGUUGUCUUGAUGUAUGGAUCAACUGGAUGUCCUGAAAAUCGGCACUUGGGAUUUCCUCAUCUCCCGAUGAAAGAAACGAAGAAAGGUAAUAAUAAUUUGACCGUGAAUGGUCAAAGCUCAUCAAAAGUCCACGCCAAUUGCAAUGAAUCUUCUUCCAAACCUGAACCUGUUGGUCAUGGAGUGAAUGAUAUGAAAACAAUGAGUAAAAAGCUAAAUGAGGCCAAGAUGUUGUCACCAAAUGAGAACGCUAUAAACGCUCAGCGUUUGGUUGCAUCUUCCUCUCGACCGGCGGAUAAAGAAAGGGAUCAAACGUCCGAACUGUUGGUCAAUAAAGCAUUCCCUGAUUAUAUUUUUUCCGAUAGUCCUACAGCUGUGAAGCCAUUAUGUUUGGUUGAUAACGAUAUUAGGCAUGAAAAAGAUGAACGUGGAAGAAACAGUUUGCAGCCGGUGGCGUUGGCAUUACAUGGUGGCCAGAAAAACAAUGUGGCGGCUAGUGAUGGUGGUUCAGAUGGAACUGAAAUAAACAGAGUUCAGAAGUCGGUGGAAACAGACGGUGGCCAAAAAAACAAUGUGGCAACCAGUAGCGGUGGUCCAGAUGAAACUGAAAUAAACAGAAUUCAGAAGUUGGUGGAAACAGACGGUGGCCAGAAAAACAAUGUGGCGGCCGGUGGUGGUGGUCUAGAUGAAACUGAAGUUAACAGAACUCGAAAGUCGGUGGAAUUAGGCAGUGGCCAGAAAAACAAUGUGGAUGCCAGUGGUGGUGGUUCAGAUGAAACUGAAAGGAAAAGAAUAUUACGAAAGUUAGAUGCAGCACUAGCGAUUUCGGAUGCAAAGCGUAAGGGAAGCGCCGUGUUUCAAAAUGAAAUUGCACACAACAAUUCUACGCAUAAGAGGUGGAGGCCUGCUGAUUUUCCAACUACACCAGCGAAGAAUGUUAAACAGGAGCCUGACACUUCAAGAUCGCAUAAUAGUGGUUAUCCCCUCACCCCUAAGCCAACGGCUAAACGCAUGGAACCAACAAAAAAGGAACCGACAAUGAACAAUGGCUCGGUUGGUCCGAUAAAAGAGGAACCUAAAACGAACCAUGGCUCUGACGGUGUAACAAAAAGGGAACCCAAACCUGAGCCUGUUGACUAUGAUGAGGAACCGGUAUCUGGUUCCUCCAACGCUUCGUUUUCUGCAACUAUGAGCAGCUACCAAUAUCUUGAAUUGCCGAGCUGGGUGAAGGUGAAAGGUACGGUAAUUCUUCUCCGAAAUGGCGCUGAUCUUUGGCCGGUUAGGGUUCAAAACAAGUUCGGGUUACAGGCUCUAACGCAAAAUUGGUCAAUGUUUGCAAAGGAAAAAGGGGUUAAGCUGGGAGACAAAUGUGAAUUUGUGCUUGAAAGCGAGCCAGUUGGUCUUGGUCGUGCAAAUAGUUGUGCUUGUAGCGUGUUUGCUGUCAACGUUACCCGCUGAUCAUGGUCUUUUGUAAAUGCUAACUAACUAGGUGGUUCGAAUGUGCGUUUGGUUGUUGGUCUGAAUUGUGGAACUAUGGUUUAUGACAAUGCCAUUUUUUGGUUACUGAUGUUGAACUAUAAUACAUUCAAGCUGGCAAUACAAGUAACAAAAUCCUUGGAUGA